GAGCAAGAUUGUGCCGGGCCUUCGUCGGACCGUUGGGAACCGGAGUCGUGCACAGUCUUUUUGAGUUGUAAAAGGCGCGGGCGAACGAACAGCCAGGUGAUUGAUUACUCCCAUCACAAAUAUGAGAAGGAGAUAGUGGUGCUUGAGACUCGCAUUCUCAAAGUCAAACAAAGGGAUUCCUACAAGCCGUACAAUGGACCCAUAUUCCGUCGACUACACUCGGCACUCCCAGUACCAACAGUACAACCCGGUUCGGAUAGCCCCAGGUCUGGAGGCUAGUUCUAGCAGGACAGCAUCGACCAGUGACAUCUAUGGCCGGGGAAACAGCGCAUAUUCCUCCUCGUGGACUGGGGCGAGUCCGGUAGACGAAAGACCUGCCCGAAAGCUUGACAGGCCAUGGGAGCAUGAAAACGACAUAAAAGGGUUGAGCCAACCUCAAGCGUCGGCACAACAGCCCCCUCAGCAGCAACAGUCAUUGCAGCCGAGCGUAUUUCCUAGCUCCGGCCCUACGGCCAAGAGAGGAAGUAGAGCUUGCAUGGCUUGUCGACGGGGCAAAAAUAGAUGUGAAUGGGAUCCCGCUGGCAAAGAGACAUCAUGUCGACGAUGUCUCAUGAACGGCACACAAUGUGUAUUCGAGAAGCCGGCAGAAAAAAACGGAACGCGAGCCAGGACGAAUAGCAGUGCGGUGGCCGAUCAUCCAAACGAAGCUGAAAAUCGGAUAACUAGUCUGGAGAAGAUGGUGGAGACCCUUUCAAGCGGACAAACGCAAAUGCAAACCACGCUUCAACAAAUCCUCACAUUGCUUCCUCAAACUCAAUCUCUAUUAACGCCCACAGGACAUCCGUCAUUCCUUUCGCACAAUACCCCUUCUACUGGUGUACCACCUUCGACCAUAUUCGCCUCAGUAUCUCCGCCUCAGACCUUCCAUGAUGGUGCUGGAAUGUCUAGUGUUAGGGAUCACGCACAGUCGGAUAGACCUCGUUCACCUCAAAAUACUGCUAGCGGUCGAGGUAUAUCGAACUCGACGAUGAACAGGGUCAAGUCUGUGAAAGAGUUUCCUCCUUUGCCAGGAUUUGCACCUCCAAACCAUCGUUUCGGUACUUACGGGAUCAUCCCUCUACCUUCAGCUCCGCCUUCACCAUCACGCUCCCGUCACUCUUCCCGGUCAUCUUCUUCCAGCCGAUCCCGCGACGAGUACUCUAGCGCUUUACCGCAUGAAACCCUCACAGCACCUAUCCAGGCGUUACAGGCGCUUGCGAAUGCCGCAGAUCAAGCAGCUGCUCUGGUUGAUAAAGAUGAUGAAGGUGAAAAAGGGAAGUCGACGAGUCAGGAAGUCCGGUCGGAUGGAAGUGAUGAAGAUUCUCGGAGAGGGGAAGGUGAAGCCAAAGGAGGAGCUGAAAGGCAGUGGAAGUUGAACGGUGAGGAUGAUGAAGAUAGAGGAAGAAGUAGGAAAAGGAAGAGAGUGACUAUUGAUGGACAGAAUAUUCAUUUGAGAGUUCGAAAGAAGACUAGACCGGAUCCAACUCCAAGGAACCCGUUCCCAGAUGUGGUCACCAAAGGUUUAGUUUCAGAGAAAGAGGCCAGGGAGCUUUGGGAUAUAUUCUUCUCUGGCUGCCAUUACUUUGUACCACUGUGGGACAAGUCUUACGACACAUUUGAGACUUAUAUCGAGCGCACACCAUUCUCCACCAACGGUCUUCUCGCCGUAGCGGCCAAAAUCAGAGCAGGUAAUGGGCCAGUGGAUGAGACAUUUCAUCGAUGUUUAGAGGAAGCGCAGGGUAUCGCGAGAAGCACAUUGUUCGGACCGAUAGUGAGAAAGGAGGCGGUGAUGGCGAUGUUGAUAUUGAGUCUUUGGAGUCAAAAUGGAUGGUUGCCUUGCGGACACGCUUUAAGAAUGGGGUUGGAUAUUAACAUCCAUAGGGCUUUGGACAAGUUGGCAAAUAAGGAGGACGGGAGAACAGAAGCUGAAGAACGGGAUUUAGUCGUGUCGGCGAGAAUCUGGUUAAAUUGCUACAUGCAUGAGCACUUAGUUAGCCUUGGGACAGGUAAACCAAUAUUAUUACGCGAUGAUUCCUCGGUAAGGAAGGCCAGGGAGCUUUUGGAUCACCCAAUGGCAUCCGAUACGGACGUGCGAUUAAUCGCUGGCGUAGAAUUGGUCAACAUCAGAAUCACUAUUCUCGAGCAUCUCACGCCUCUUCAUGGUAGUACAGACGCACCUACCAUAUCAUUUGUCAAGAGCAAACUUGCAGAACUUCAAGCGUGGCAUCAAGAGUGGUACUGUAUUCACAAACGCCGAUAUGACGAUGAGAGUGUGGUGGUAAAAUUGCUGGAGACGGAGAGGGUUUAUGCGGAGCUGUGGACAGUCUGCAUGGCUCUCCGAGGUUGUUCUUGGGAUAAGUUAUCGCAUGAACAAAAGGAACUAGCUUUUCAUGCCAAAGACUGCGCGUGGAGGUGUCUUGAAAUUUUCUUGAGAUCCGAUAAUUUUAGGAAGCAUUUAAAAUAUGCCACCCACGACCAGCUUGUGUCAGUUGCAUUUGCAGCUGUCUUCCUACUAAAAGUUGCGAUCCUCUACCCAACAUCUCUCUCCAUCCCUCUCCUCGUCAGCCAAGUAUCUGAACUUGCACACUGCUUAUCGGCCGAAUGCUUCGCUGAGCGAUACGCGCUCACCCUCCGUCUCAUGCUUUCCAACUUCCGCCGCACAACCGGUGCCAUGUCCACCAUACCCGGAACCCCGCGUACGGCAGCUUCAGCAGCCGCAGGAGCUGUCCACGGACUAAGCGGACUGUCUAUGACUGCUCUGAACGUGAACGGCCAACUGAACGAUGUGGAAGGAAGUUUCCAAAACUUUUUGAGUCUACCUCAGAUGGAAAAUCAUAACAUGGAAGUAGGUGGAGAAGGAGAGAAUGCGAGUAAUGGUAUGGGGGCUACAGGUUUUACUGGGACGGAAGGAGAUGGGGGCCUAUGGGGUAUGAUGGGUUUGGAAGGGUUUGAUUGGCCGACGGAGCUUAGUCCGAGCUCUUUGCCAGUGUGGCUCCAGGAUGGGAAUGCCACAGAUCUUGGCUUACCAGUCGAUGGGUCAGACUCCCUCUUCUUACCUGUCGAACUGGCAAACAUGUUCAUGCCCUCCAACUCUCAGACCAGCGGAUUGUACCAGUUUACACUCCCAGAUUCUGGCGAUGUGGGUACAGAGGCAUGGUGAUCAGGAAUUGUAUAUCUGUUGGUAGUGUAGGAAGAGUAGCCUUAAAAGGGUGCUAUCAGACUGUCGUGUGUUGUAGAUGUACCGUGAUCUUGUAACUUAGGGUCUGCGUUAUGCCAGGAAGCAGAAGAGAGAGGCCCAUCUUCGGGAAGAGAUAAAGACGAAAGAGUGUUCACCUUUCCACAGCGAGAGGUAGAGUUUUGCCUUUCAUUAUUCCUCUAGGAUCUAAUAUGUAAGAUGUGAGAUGCGA